AUGUCCAAGGCAGACCCCUUCCACUACAACAGGCACUACACCUGUCAGGGAACUUCAACAACCCCGUCCCAAUCCGGCGAGCACUUCCGCGCUUUGCUGGGAAGCCGGGGAGCGCGAGGGUCAGCGCUCCGUCCAAGAUCGCGGGCCCAGCCCCGGGUGCCCGAGCAUCGGCCAGAGCGCAGCGGCGCGCCCCACCGCGGGGCGCAGGGAGGGACUGAGGGAGGCAGGAAGGGAGAGGGGGCCCGGCCCCGCGGCCAGGCCGGAACGCGGGCCGCAGCCCAGCCUGACAGCGUCGGGAGGGGCGACUGCGGCAUCCGGCCGGGCUGGGUCCGCGCCCCCGCCCGCCGCCCGCCCCCUGCGGCCCUCCGGCCGCCCGCCUGCCCGCCCGCCGGCCCAGCCCGCCCGCCGGGCUCACCUCGCCUCUUGCCGCCGUGCGCGGGCAGAAGAGGCGGCGGGCGGAUGGCAGCGCCGUGCGCUACCACUCCCAGCUCCGCGGCCCGGGCUCGGUCGGCGCCACGCUCCGCCCCGCCCGCUGCUGCUGCCGCCGCCGCCGCCACGGCCGCCGCCGCCGGGGGUCUGAAGGGGCUUGGGCCUGAGCGACCCGCCGGCUGGCCAAUCGGCGUUCGGAGAGCUGGGCGAGAAAGGCCAAUCGCUGCAGGGGGCGGGCGGCGGCGCGGGAGGGCGGGGCCGGCCGGGCUGCGCAGGGCUGGGUGGUGGGUUCGGGUCUACCCGGGAAUUGCGCGGUCCCGGCCACAGGGCCAAGCGAGCGGGUUGGCUGAGGCGCUCGGGUCCGCAGUGAACGCGGGGGCCCGGGGACGCGAGCGCCCCUGCGGCGCGUGCUCAGUCCGCCCCCGCGCGGAGGCGACGGAAAACCCGACGAGUUGUGGGGGGGCCUGGAGUCGGCGCUCGGGCCGCAGGUCCUGGUUUGGAGGGUCGAGGACGUCGGGGUUUGCGGUGUGGACAGAUCUGCGUUUCGAUGGUGGAACUGGAAGUGCGGCACGCGGGCUGACACCUUGGAAACUGCUCGGAGAUCUGUGUCUGGGAGACACUGCUUUUUACUGGUUUGUGAAUGAUCAUGCACCUUUAUGGCCACGGAGCGGGGGCGACAUGAUGGGAGAGGGAGCUGCCCAUGCCUUUGAAGAGCACAAAAAAGCCUGGUUGAGGUCUGCAAGUGAAAAGACCCUGUCAGAUGGGACCCUGCACGUGACUGACACCCACAACUGCUUGGUGUGUAAGCAGUUGAGGCCUAACAGGCAACUCCUCAGCUAAGGCUGGAAGCCUGCAGAAGAGUUCUUAGCCUGUGAGUAAAGCAAAAAGACCUCUCAGCCCAAAGGUUCGUAAAUAAGGACAUAAGUCAUAGAACACAUAAGUCCUGUGUUCUCUGAGCCACAGGUCAUGUGGACUUGCUGGUGAGGAGGUGAGGGGAUUGGUGUGAGGCCUUGAAAUGGAUUGACAUAGCCAACUGCUGGUGCAUGGAUUGGCCUCAACACACUGGUAAACCUUACUUAGCCUAACAGUGCUUUGGAGUUUUUUGUUUUCUUUUACUUAGUUGACAAGAUUUGAAAACCAGGAAGCUUAGCUAAAACAAUAAAAGUAAAAACCCAAA